AUGUCCCUUACCGCCAUCUCUGCCAAGCGCGUUCGGCGGACAUGGGAGCCGGAGGACAAGGCGUGGAACGACGAUGUGCUGGAGCUACCGUGGGAGGAUGUUCAACCAGCGCUGCACCGGGCAUCCAUCUUCGCCUUGAAGAAUGUCUUCUUUUUUUCUCACGCAACCCCCGUGCAAGCCCUCGCGCUGCGCGUGCUCACGCAAUCAGGAACGAGCGCUGUCAUGGAGGCGGCAACGGGAAGCGGCAAAACACUCGCCUUUCUGCUCCCCAUCAUGGAGCGGUGUGUGCGAUCCUGCGAGGCGUAUGUGAGGUCACACCAGCGACCACCCUUGUCUCGUCACGUACUCGCUGUCAUCUUUUCACCGUCGCGCACGCUGGCUGAGCAGACCUUUGUGGUCGGUCGCAACCUGGCGGCUCGCUACCCCUUCAACAUCCAGUUCGUUCUGUGCGACGGCGUUGUUCAGAAGCCUGCGGCAGUGCUGCAGCACCUCCAGCGCGGAGCCCGUGGUGCGGGUACGAUUCUCGUCACAACGCCGAAGGACUUCGACAAGCUGCUCCCACUGCUGGAGGAGUCACAGAAGACGGCACAGAGCCUCUCCAGUGAUGAAGUAGCCGAUGUACUGGCUACACAAGACGAGCCAACGCGGCAGCGCUACCUCGCGCGUAGAAAGCAAGUCAGCACCAGCAUGGAGAACGAUGGGCUCUUCGGUGAUGGUGUACGCUUCUAUUCCACAAUGGAGGCACGCUUCUUCGUUGUCCUUGACGAGGCGGACUUGCUCUACAACUCCCCCGAUAUGCGACGCACCGUAGAGCAGUUCGUGGCUACGUAUCGACGUACCCGCAACCCGGUGAGCCCCCCACCGCAUCGUGGCAGGCCAGCUGCGAGGAAGCGGCCAGUGACAGAAAAGAAGAGCGAACAAGAGAGCGCACGGCUGUGGAUGGACUUUGCGUUUGUUGGCGCCACUGUUGCCACCUCACCUCUGCUCAACGUGUAUGCUGAGAAGAUCUGCGCGGAGUGUAGUAGCACUCUGCACAUGCUGGCGCUCCGGUCAAACAGUGACUUUGUGUCACAGCUGAGCAACCGCUUCGUAGUGUGCGAUGCCGCCAACUUCUUGCCGUAUUUUGUCCAGCUGAUGAACCUGCACGCGUCGAAGAAGCACUUUGUCUUCUUCAACAACUUCCGUGCUCUUCUGUUUGUGCAACGACUGCUCGCGCUUCUGUGCCAGGGGGCACGCCCACUGCUGUACAUCGCGAAGGUGUUUGUGAUGUAUGAGGGCAUGGCAGAAAGCGCCCGCAUCGAUCAGUACAACAAAUUCCUCACUCAUGCCAGUCGCAGCGACACGACUCGCAAGCCGAAGAAAGCCCUCUCGGACGCUGAGAAGAAAAAUCAGGUGUUCACAAGCGGGUGGAAGCGUGACGGCACGGUGAACAUGGGCACGGGCGCCAUUCUCCUCUGCACCGACAUCGCUGCCUUUGGGCUGGACGUGCGGGAUGUCGACUAUGUCUAUCACUUCGAGCCGCCGGCCACUGUGCAGUCCUACAUCCACCGCGUGGGGCGCGUGGGCCGCAUGGGCAUGAGGGGAAGCAGUAUUCUGCUCUUACCCUGCAACGCAGACUCGAACCAGAUGCAGUCUUCUCGCGAGCGCAAAACAGGAAGCACGCGCUUCCACACCGUAACCAACACGAAGAACCCCACUGCAGAGCUCCAUGCGCCCCGCAUUAACGCUGACUCGCUUCCAGAAGAGCGUCGUGCCUACGUGGCAGAGCUCGGUAAACACAGCGUGCUGGAAGAGUACAACAUCCCGCCCUUCGCUCCUAUUACGUCAACUCUGCGGAAUUACAUCACCCAGGACGACAAAACCCUGAAGCUCGCAAAGCGCGCCGCGAUAUCCAUGUGUGAGGAUCCAGAGGACAAGGAGGGGAAAGCGUGGUUUACCCCACGUCUUGCAGUGCGCGCACUUCUCCUGGAUUAG